UCUAUUAUUUCAAAAGAUUUUUUUGUUAAAAUGGCAUUUUUAUCACUAAUUCUUUUUGGGUUUUUUUCAUUAGGAGCUUGUUUGGACAAUCCGACGACUUUUUUGAAGCGUUAUGGGUACUUACAGUCCGGGUAUAACGACAAUAACUCCUUCACUUCAGCUAUUAAAAAAAUGCAGAAAUUUGGCAACCUACCAGAAACUGGUGUUCUCGAUAAACAAACAUUAAAGUUAAUGUCGACUCCUCGUUGUGGAGUUUCGGAUCAUAAUUAUUUGGGGUACUCUUCAAGUAAAUGGUCUAAAAAUGUAUUAACAUACAAAAUAAUAAAUCAUACACCAGAUUUAGGUCCUGCAGAAACUGCAAGAAUUAUACAAGAAGCUUUUAAUAAAUGGUCCCAAGUAACGCCAUUAACCUUUACACGAGGUUAUGGAGCUACAGAUAUGACCGUUGAUUUCGGAAACCUCCGUCAUUCCUCGUGUGGCUACGAUUUUGAUGGGCCUGGCGGUGUUUUGGCACAUGCUUUUUUUCCUACAGAUGGCAGAACACAUUUUGAUGAAGACGAGCAUUUUACUGAUAAAAAUACUGCUGGAACUAAUCUGCUCUGGGUUGCUGCUCAUGAAUUUGGUCAUGCACUUGGACUUGAGCAUUCUACAGUUCAAGGAUCUCUUAUGUAUCCUUAUUAUCAGGGAUAUAAAGAACCAUUUGUGCUUCAUCAAAAUGAUAUCUCACGCAUUCAGCAAUUGUAUGGCGGUAGUGGAGGAGCAACGGUGCCACCAACCCCCAUUACAACACUUUCGCCAGGAGCGUGUACUAACUUCUACGGAGACAGUCAUUGUGAUAGUAUAAAAUACGGAUGUGCUUGGGAUCAUUGGAAAGAUUAUAUGCGAACUAACUGUUACAAGACAUGUUUUUGUAAAGUUUAAUCUUUUUACAACUUUUGAUAAAAAGUUAGAAAAACUCAAAGUAUCAUUUUUA